AUGGAAAGCAUCAGAUCUGUUCAAGAAAACCCAUUCUUUAAACACUUUGGAAUUAAGCAUAAUAUUCCUGCCGCCACAAAAACAGAUGGGCAUAUUUUUCGGCAAAGCAGCAUUUCUGUCGAGGAUGAUGACAUUGGGGAGUACCACCCAAUGUCUGGGUUUGUGCACAAGUUGAAAGAUAAAUUUGCAUCCCUUGGAGCCAAAGAAGAGUAUUCAAGUUUUAGGAGGUCAACAAGUCUUGAUGAACUGUUGGUGGACAGUGAAGUUGUCACAAGCAAAUUGAAAGUUUCCACAGAGUCUGCUGCUCAUACGGGUAAUGAUAAGUUUUCAACAGCAUCUAAACUCUCAUACAAAGCCAAAAGCAUAGAAGGUUUAAACCAUGCACAUCAAAAACCUCAGCAGUUCAGCCAGAGGACAUCACCACAACAUGCUGCAAGAAAUUUAAAUAAAGACAGGCAAUUGUCUGGUACCGGAUUCCAUGGGGAUCUCGAUCUGGCUAGGGAUGACAUUAUCAUCAUUGAAAAGACACCUUCCUCACCGGUGAAAGGCCCAAAAGUUGAUGGAAGUGGAGAACGGGAUGGUUCUGGAACUCACUUUGUCAUUGGCCGUGAAAUAAUUUCGAAGGAUGAGUUACCCAAGCCGAAUACAGUGCUGACUGUACGCAGCAUCUUUGAGAGUGCUUCUUCUGCAGCAAGUCUCAAUUCUAGGAGGCAGAGAACAGAUCCACAGCUUUCACCGGUGUCACCAUCUAGCAGGCCGGGAAUGUCACCCCUGCACACCGAUGUAACUUUCUCUAAUCUAGAUAGUGUUGCAAAACGAGCAAGUGUACAGAAUCUCUCCCCUCUGACAUCACCCAGACCUGUUAGCGAUACCUAUGUCUUGCUUCCCGCCAAUUCUGUGCACACACGAACAUCUGAUUACUCCAAGAGAUUGUCAGAUUCAUACAGAUCUGAAGACCUGAAGGGUCCAUCAAAAUCAAAUGUUACAGUGGAAUCACCAGCAGAGUAUUCAAGUUCAGUAGGGCUGGCCAAAGAGAAUAUACCAGAUUCCUCCUCAUCUUCAAGAUCUGCAACAUCUGGCGAUAACAAGUCAUCAAGUUUCGAACACGACAACAUUCCUGAUGGAUCUAAAUCUUCCAGCAGUCAGUAUUCCUUUACCUCCAGCCGCAGCACGGCAAGUGUGAGACCAACCUUUAGCCACAAACAAAACACCGCAGUGAAGCCUGUAGCUUUGUCUCCUCCAGCUUCUGCUACCACCAGUUAUCAGAAGUCACGUCCUGUUGUGUCUGUAGCCCCUUAUAAAGACAAACCCGAGGAUAAAGACGACGGACACCCGGUGAUGAUCUUCUCCAAGUCAGAUAUAAGUAAACACGGAGAGAAGUCACAAAUAACAAAUGAACGCACACAGACCAGUAUUUCAUCCUCUGCGAUUAUAGAUCAGAACAUUGAACCAGAACAAAAUUCCAUUCCCCUGAGAGAGGCUAAGAAAAUGUUUGAGAAAGACAAUGCUACUUAUGAGCCGAAUAACAAACUUUUGUCACAUGAAAAAAGAUUUAGUGGCGAGAAUAAUAAAAAUUCUGAGAAAAUUAAAGCAGACACUAGCAGAAUAAUACAAACAAAGAAAGAGACAACAAUUGAGAUUAGAAGUCUUACAGGUGAUGCAGACAGAGAACAAGCUAUAGUGGGUGAUAGCUCUAGCAACAUGGAAACAGAUACAAGUUUCAAAUUUGCAAAACCAGCGGCAGCUUCAAGAACAGGGCUAACAGCACCAAAGCGAAUGGCACCUGAGCCACCAGCACAGGUUACAGCCAAGGAUAACAUAUCAGUACUUCCGGCAGCACAGAUAAGUACAGACAAUUUAAGCAAAAUGUCUUCAGAUAGUCACGUCUCUAAUGAAGGGUCGCAUCAGGAAAUCAGGAAAGAACAAACGGCACCCAGCAAACGUUUACACCCAAAAGAUGCGACGGUAUCAAAUGAAGAACCAAUUAAAAAAGUAAUAAAAGACAAGGAUGAAAAUGAGCAACCAGUGAAAGGAAUUCCAAGUAUAAUUGCUCAGCGAUUAAAACAACAAAGCUCUACCCCAAGUCAGGCUGCUGAUGAUGUGACCAGCUCGUCGGAUGUCAGUGCCAGUUCUCAAAAUAACAAUAUCUAUUCAAGAACAGUGCUUUCCUCAGUCAGUUCCAACAACUCAAAGUCUUCAACAGAUAAUGCCAAACAGGACACACUCAGCUCAGAAAUAGAAAAUGAAAUCACAGCCGUCAGGAGAAAGAUGGAAGCAAACAGGUUAAAGUCAAGUGGUCCCGCACAGAUUUUCGACAGCAGUCAGCUGGCAAAGAAGAAGAAGGAGAAUCGGAAACAGGAGUCUUCCGGUAGGAUGGUGCCUUUGCUGGAUCUGUCCGGUAUCAUAGUUGAGGAUGUAAUGGAGUACCAGCCACAGAUGAGGAAAAUUAAACCAUGCAACAUUGUGUUCAUCGGGGAGAAUACCAAAACUUCCAGGUCACUUUUGGACAAGAAGAGGAAAGUUAAGAUAAGCAUUCACUUCAGUCACAACAUUACUGAAACUUUCGAGUACCCAAGUGAAGAAGUGGCCCUGGAAAGCUACCUGCAGGAGCACCCCCAUGAGAAGGAAGAGAUCCUCAUCCUGGAGGAGUUCUCUGCUGUCAACGGGGAGUCUGGAGAGUCAUCAGAUGAUGUUGAGAUUGAUGUCUAUUUGACUCCGGCAGCCUCGGACAGUGACAGCUUGUUGAAAUCUAACACUGGCCUGGCUCAUUCUGGAAGUCCUGCAGUCUUAUCGAGGCCGUUUCCAACAAGAAUACGAAUUUGGAGCCAUUCUUGCAGAAGAGCCGAAGCCAGCUGCUACCCUGGAAGCAGAAGUUGA